CGACGUGAGAACGCGCGCAGCUGUUCAAGUUCCUCGGCCAAUGAGCAGCUUUGCUCCGCCCCGAUCAGCUCUUUUAGUCCGGCCCAUCUCCGAAGUGCUAAAGAAACCGAAAGUGAACUUUAGUUAUAAACCAAUAAAUCCAAAAGAGGAAAAAUAUGGCCUGUAGGCGUGACAGUGUCAGUAACUGCGGAGAAAGUCUAGACAGGGAGCUUAGCUGCAGCAUUUGCUUUGAGCUCUUCUGUGACCCCACCUGCUUGCCGUGCGAUCAUAACUACUGCUUGUCGUGCAUCCAGCAGCUAUCGGACAGUCCAACGGGAUGGAUUACUUGCCCGGAUUGUCGGCAGCAAUGUGAGCGAGAAAGGCUGCGGCCGAAUCGUCUGUUAGGUAGCAUUGUUUCUACUUACAAAGAGCUGAAGUUGCAAGAGGACGAGAGAAGCAAGGUCCUAGAUGGCGGCAGAGGGGAUCGAGUGUGCAGGAAGACGGCGUCAGUGUGCCUGCAGCACAAGGAGACGCUGAAACUCUUCUGUGAAGAUGACCAGACCGCAAUCUGUCUGAUAUGUGGCUUGUCUAGGGCUCAUAAGGACCACCAUUUAAAACCCAUUGAGGAGGCGGAGGAACAGUAUCAGAAGAAGAAAUCCCAAGAUAUUCAAAAGAUUGAGGGUGACCUGAUCAAACUGAACACUUCCUGGAGAGAACAGAAAAAUCAAAUUUCGGAGGUGAAGGUGCAGCUUCAUUUCUUGACAUAUGAGAUCAGGUCACAGUUUGACCAGAUGCACCAGUAUCUCUACAAAGAGGAAAAGGAAGCAAUUUCAGAGCUUAAAGAAGAAGGAAAGUGGGCCAUUAAAAGUUUGGAGACACAGCUACAACUGAUCACCCAAGAAAAGAACCUUUUGGAAGUGGAGCUGGAGUUUCUCAAAAAGGAAGACAAUGACUGGAUAACAGAUUUGCAGAAGUACAAAACUAGUAAAAGGUCAGUGGAAAAAGUGGAAAUGCCUGAAGCAAUGAGUUAUGACUUGGCCCAUGGGGUUCAUAGAGGUCCUAUACAGUACAGAACAUGGAAACGAAUGUUGAAUAUAGUGCAGAUUGGCCCUAAGAAACUCACCCUGGAUCCAGAGUCGGCACAUCCCUCCCUAGAGCUUACUUCUGACUACACAUCAGUUCAAGACUACUCAAAGGAUGUUACUUCUCCAGACAGACCAAAAUGUUUUUACCCUUGCCUAGACUUGCUUUCCUCUCAAGGAUUUAGUAGUGGAAAACAUUACUGGGAAGUGUUAGUUCCAAAAGAAAGAGGGUGGGCAUUAGGAGUUGCUGGAGAAUCGGUAAACAGAAAGGGUAACAUUCCUUUAACAGCCAAAAAUAAAUUUUGGGCCAUGUGGAUUGAAGAUGGAAAAUUCUGUACCUCAGAGGCACCAUUUGUUGUUGCUCCAGUUGGUAAUUUACCUGGGAUAAUCGGUGUCUAUCUGGACAAGAAUGCUGGACAAGUGUCAUUCUACAACGCAGAUGAUAUGUCUCAUAUUCACACAAUCCUUGAUGAAUUGCCAAGAAAGGUAUUUCCGUAUUUUAGUCUUGGAAUAGCUAAAACUGGUUUAUCCUUGAAAUCGGGUCGUUUGUCAUUACACCAUGUUCAGUUGUAAUUUCAUGCCUGUUAAUUUCUUGGAUUGCCGAUUUACAGAAUUUUUCACAUAAUUAAGAAUAAUUAAUUUACUUUAACUGUACUCACAAUACAGUAAAUGAGUGGGUGGACGUCACAAGAUCCAGAGGUCUGUUCAAGGAUUAACAUGUAAUAUGCUGUGCAGUUAUGAAGAAAGUUGAGUUUGUGAGUGAAAUAAUAACAUUCAGAAUGAAAAUCAAGACAUGAAGUCCUAAACACUAAGAAGCUUUGUGUUAUUCAUUAAACCGAUAAGGGAAAGUAAGUACUUGUUUGCUUUUCUGAAGUUUGGACUGUCUUGUCUUUUAUUCUUUGUUCUUCCAGCAGCAGCUCUAAGCUAAUUGGCAUUUAACUUUGAAAAUCAUAGGAAAAAAAACAAUGUUAAGUAUGUACUGAAACAUUUUUUUCUCCUCAAACUAAUAACUCCUCUCUUUUCCCCUCUUGGAGGGUAUACAUCCUUUUUUCUAAUGGCCUUAUGUAUUAUUACUACAUGUCAGUUGCACUGUAUCAGGUGAAUUUAGGAAAGGAACAGAGAUUUAGACUAGAAUUGCCAAUUACUCUAUUUGAUAGGAAAGCUAAUGCUUAAAAAUAUGAAAAUAGUUUUCUUCUUAGCCCUGUUACACUCCUUUUGGCUUUAAAGAGAGAGUGUUUUUGUGUUAGAAUGCCACACAAGCAUAAUCUCUCCAUCCAGCACCCAGUUUUGCUUGGGUGGAACUCUUCACCUUGUGACAAUAACAGUAUAGCUGGUUACAAAUUUAUGAAUGGCUGGAUUUUUUUUUAUUUUUGUUCUUGGGCUCCAAGAUGGUGUUGGUUGUUUGAUACAGUAUUUAUACUCAUUGACAUUAUUCACUGGCAUCAUAGCAGUUGUUUUUUUUUCUUACAAAAGAACAUGGAUUAGAUCUUCAGUUCUUUUGAUUCUGAUUUAAAAGCAUUGCUCCUUCAGUCUGUAAUGAACAAAUCUGGCUGUAAAGAGGCAAGAGUUAAUUAGGUUUUUAAAGAGUAGUGACAAAAGAAAUCCUAAAGAAAGAUUGAAAUCAUAAUAUGAGCAGUCAGGUGCCGGUGUAAAGCUAGUGGAAAAAAAUCUCUUCUAACUCUUGUGACUGCUGGGAUUUCUCCAUAUAAGUCCUGAUAGGUGCUUUAAGGUAUUUGUAAGGGCAGUGAAAUAUGGCCAAGCUCAAAACAUGGUAUGAUAAGAGAAUGAUGACCAGUUUUAGUGGAUUGUGCCCAAUUUGUAAAUAAUACAAUUGUAAUUGAGAACAGAAUUAUGUGUUUCUUUUUUUUCUGUUUGUAGCUCUGAUAAUCGCAGUGCAUUAGUUUUGCACAAAACUGGUAUGGUCAGGCAAGAGCAAUGCAUUAGAAAUUGAUUACAGUGGGCAUUCUUGCAGUGUUUUUGGCUUAUAUUGUAGUGAUAACGAAACAAAGUAUUUGCUUUAUGUCAAGCUACAUGAAUCAUUGUUGAAUCCAUUUUAAAAAAAACCUGCCAUUCAUUUUUUUUAUUUUUAAGGAAAAACUUUAUCAAAAAGAAGUCUAGUGACUUUCUUCCUUGUUGAUUCACAUGUGAAUGAGUAAAAGUGCACUAACAGGACUUGAGCUCUCUUGUCAAUCACAUGAAGAUGCAGGUUAUUCUUGGAGGCAAACGUGCACGACAUCUUCUUAUCCACUUAAUCCAAAUUAGAGUUCCAAGGAGAAGUUUUCACAUUUCACACACAUACAGUGGCUUUAAUUUGGUUUUGUUUACACUGAUCAUAAGAAAAAAAAAAUUUAAUGUCAAAAUGAAAAACAGAGUAGCCUACAAAGUAGCCUAAAUUAAUUACAAAUAUAAAACACACACAAAGAAUGAAGUCAGUAUUAAGUAGAUGCAUGUUUGACACCCAUUCCAACCUUGAGUCUUUGUGCACAGGUCUCUCUGUAUCAGCUUUGCAUUUCUGCCAUUUUCCCCGUUGUUCAUUAUAAGACUGCUUAAGCUCUGUCAGGCUUCGUAGGGAUCGUGACUGAACAGCCAUUGUGAAGUCCAGCCUCUUUUAUAAGCUAGCUGAUGUGGUUCAAGUAGAUGUAUAGACCCAAUUAAGAAUAAUUAUGUUGUAUAUAUUAUAAUGUAUGUUAUGACUCUGAGGCUAAGGAUCUGCGCUAGUAUCUGGAAGGUUGCCUGUUGAAAUCUCAUUACUGCCAUAGGGUAUCCUACUCCGUUGGGCCCUGAGCAAGGCCUUUAACCUGAAAAUUUCUCCAUGUGUGCUGUGCAAUGGCUGACUCUGCUCUCUGACCUCCAAAGGUCAGGUGAAAAUACAGUUUACCCUCGGGGAGUAAUAAAAAAAGUCAAAUCAGAUAUGUUGGUGUGAAUGUCAUCAGGUUUGGGAGCAAACUUUAGUCAUGCGUACCAUGAAUGAACACAACUCGUAACUUUCUAUAACUGUCAAAAAGGUGCAAUACCCAGGAAUCCUAUGUGAAAAAAUAAUUAACCCUCCUUCAAUAAAUAGCUGGUUAGGGCCUCAGCAGCACUAACUGCAAGUGGACAAUUUGUGUCAUUAUUCAUGAGUUUUUUUGAGUGUUGUGGAGGAAAGUUUGACUAUUCCUCCUUGGCAGAACAAGAUCGAACUCAUUGAAUAUUCUUUGUUUUGGAACAUUAAAUUCUCAAUUUAACUUCUUUUGACCCCAGCCAUUUACAAGUGGGCCUGCUUCUGUAUUUUGGAUGAUUUUCUUGCUAUGUUUUCAGUUCCAAUUCAUCUUGAGCUCACACAUGGAUGACCUGCCGUGCUUCAGAAGAAUGCUCUUAACAUAUUCGAAAGAAUGGUUCCUUUAAUGCUGGAAAGUCAUCCAGGCUCUGUUCCAUCAAAGCUUCUCUAAACCAUUAUCUUGUUUGACGAAUGAGGUGUUUUGGUUAUUCCCAGACAUAACUGAGCUCUUUCAGUUCAUCUAUUUGAUAAAUUGAUCCAUGAAAUUCAAACCACUUUAGAUAAGUAGAAUGCCCUGCUGUGGAGGUAACUGAAAUUAAUAAUCAGACAUUUUAAAGGAUAAGUUUGGUAUUUUUCAAGUCAAAGUUAUUUCUUCACAAGCAAGGUAAAUAUGCAUUUUGUCAAGCAAAAUUGUGUUUCAAAGUUAGGCGCUUUCUAUAAAUUUAACAAAUAU